ACGCGGCGGAAGGUGCUGGCGACGGCUGGCGGACGGGCUUUGCGCUUCCAGUCCGUGACAGGCCGACACGACCACGUGCGAGACACCAACCGACGAAAAAGGCCUGGACCGGCCGGCAGCCGUUCCAAUCGAACACCGGCUGCAUUGUUUUUAAAAAAAAUUGAAAUAAUAGUCGCGCGCUUCUCGCUGAGCGAGAUCAUGAGAGACGCGUGAUUUAUUUUUUUAUUUUUUUUUUCCCGACCGUCCGUUCGAGUGACUCACCAUGCGACUGUGGAAGUUGUGUUUGUUUACGUUUCUGUUGGCUUGGAUACGUCCCGCGCAUGCCGACUCCACACACGACAGCGUCGUCAAGAAAGGCUCGGGUGGGGGGCUGUUCCCGCCGCUGGUGGACGCCGCAGCCGGGGCGCUGGUGCGGGCCAACGCCACGUGCUGCGGCGAGGACUCGCCCCACCCGCCCCGCUGCGCCGCCGACGGCGACCCCGGCACCUGGUGGCAGAGCCCCAGCCUGCAGCGGGGCGCGCGCUACGAGUGGGUCACCCUCACCCUCGACCUCCGGCAGGUGUACCAAGUGUCGCACGUGACGGUGAAGGCGGCCGUCUCGCCCAGGCCAGCCAACUGCAUCGUGGAGCGGUCGCUAGACGGCAGCACCUACCUGCCGUGGCAGUACCACGCGCGCACGGACGAGGAGUGCGUGACGCGGUACGGCGUGCCGCCCACCAGGGACGAGCCCGACUCCGAGGUCACGUGCACGUCGCGCUACUCCGCACCGCAUCCGCCGGAGGGCGGCGAGAUGCACGUCUCGCUGCCCGGGGCCGACUCGUCCAGCGAGCAGCGGCGGGCGCGCUACGUGCGGCUGCGCCUGCAGGGGCUGCACGAGGUCUCCACGCCGCGGGCCAGCUUCUACUCCGUCGGCGAGGUGGUCGUGAUCGGCCGGUGCGCGUGCUCGGGCCACGCGGACGAGUGCGUCGGCGACGGCGAGCACGGGCAGCCGAGGUGCCGCUGCCAGCACCACACGUGCGGCGAGCUUUGCGACCGGUGCUGCCCUCUGCACAACGCGCGGCCGUGGCGCGCGGGGACCCCGCGGGACCCCCACCCCUGCGAGGCGUGCGAGUGCCACGGCCACGCCGCCAGCUGCCGCUACGACCCGCGCCUGGAAGCCGGCGUCUGCGAGGACUGCUCCGCUCAUACGACGGGUAUCAACUGCGAACGAUGUGAAGAUGGUUGGUACAGACCCAACGACAUAUCGCCAUACGAUUCCGAACCGUGUCGACCCUGCGAUUGUUCCAAUUUGACUUCUACCAACCGAUGCUCAUUUGAUAGUGAGAAUGAAGCAAAUGCAGGCGGCGUGUGCGAGUGCCUGCCCGGGUACUCCGGGCCCCGCUGCGACCGCUGCUCCCCGGGACUCCGCGGCUUCCCGCUGUGCCAGCCGCGCAACCGGGACGAGCGGAGCGUCGGGUGCGGGGCGGGGUCCUUCGGCCCGGAAGAGGGGGACCCCGACGGGUGCACGCCCUGCUACUGCUCCGGGGUCUCCCGGGACUGCGAGGAGGCUCGACUCUACCUGCACGAUACAGAAACGCUGUCCGGCUGGCUGGUGAGCGACCCCGCGGUCGCGAGGACCGUCCUGCCGACGGCGGACGCCGACGGCCGGCAGCUGACGGUCGCGAGCGACGAGCUGCCCGGGGUCGACACCUACUACUGGCUGGCCCCCGACCAGUACCGCGGCAGCCGGCUGGCCAGCUACGGCACGGACCUCACCUUCCGCGUCAGCUGGGUCGUCAUGCGGGGAGACACCAGCGGGAGGCCCAGCAGCGCGCCCGACGUCAUCCUCGUCGGCAAGAAUGGUGUCCGACUGGGUUUCGGCGAGAAAGCGUACCAGGAGCAGAAUGCCACCAUUAACGUGCCGCUGCGGGAGGGAGCGUGGUACCACCUUCCGCACGAAGGGAGGAGGACGGACAUCCACGGCUCGUGGGUCACGAGGGAUCAGCUGUUGGCAGUUCUAGCAGACGUCAAGCACAUGCUGCUGAGAGCCAAGUUCCACACUGACCAAGUGGAGGGCAGCCUGUGGAAGGCGGUGCUGCGGACGGGCCGGCCGGAGGUGUCGAGCGCGGCGGCCCGCGGCGUGGAGAGCUGCCGCUGCCCCCCCGGGUACGAGGGCCUGUCGUGCGAGAGCUGCCGGUACGGGCACGCCAGGGCCGGCCGCGGGGAGUGCCGGAGGUGCGACUGCAGCGGCCACGCACCCACUUGCGACCCCGCCUCCGGCCAGUGCGCGGCCUGUGAACACAACACGACUGGCGCCAAGUGCGAGGAGUGCUUGCCGGGGUUCUACGGCGACGCCACCAUCGGAACCCCAUCGGACUGCCAGCCUUGCGCGUGCCCGCUCCCGGACCCCGCCAACAACUUCAGCCCCACCUGCGAGCGGCGGGGGUCGGACGGGAGGUCCUACGUCUGCACGGCGUGCCCGGUUGGGUUCGCGGGAGACCACUGUGAGCAGUGUGGCGACGGUUACCACGGCAACCCCCGGCUGCCGGGGUCCGCGUGCCGGCCGUGUGAGUGUCACGGGGGUCCGUGCGACGGCGCGACGGGCCAGUGCCUGGAGUGCCGCGGCAACACCGAGGGCUGGAGCUGCGAGCGCUGCCGGGACGGCCACUACGGGGACCCUUCAGCGGCGGACUGCAGGCCUUGCCAGUGCAGUACCAAAGGCUCCGCACACCCUCACACUUGCGAUCCACAAACUGGCCAGUGCAGGUGCUUGGAGAAGUACGUUGGCAGGACUUGCAGCCACUGUGAAGAAGGCCACGGCAACGUGACGGCCGGGUGCCCCCCGUGCUCCUGCGACCCCGCCGGCUCCACCGCCGCGACGUGCGACCCCGUGACGGGCCAGUGCCCGUGUCUGCCCGGCGUCGGGGGAGCGCGCUGCGACGCGUGCCAGGAGAGACACUAUGGCUUCUCACCCUCGGGCUGCAGUGGUUGUAACUGUCACCCGGUUGGUUCAACAAGCUCCAUGUGCGACAUAGUGACUGGCCAGUGCUCCUGCAAGGUUCACGUCUCUGGAAGGACAUGUGACACAUGUCAGGAUGGCUUCUGGGGCCUGUCGAUGCAGGGUUGCCAGCCUUGUGAGUGUGACGCAGUGGGCUCUGCAAGUCACCUCUGUGACAUCCUUACUGGUCAGUGCCCUUGCUUGCCGGGAGUCGGGGGCAAACACUGCGACAGCUGUCUUCCAGAAUUCUACGGCUUCUCUGUAAAUGGCUGUUCAAGGUGCGACGUGUGCGUGAAGGCGGGCCACGUGUGCGACCCCGACACCGGUCGCUGCGUGUGCCCCCAGCUCACGCAGGGCAACACGUGCAACCGCUGCCAGCCAAGCAGCUGGGGGUUCGAGCCGGGCAAGGGGUGCAAGUCCACAAUAGAAUGGCAAGUGCUUGGAAUGUGUGCGUGUGCCAGUCUUAGGGAAACGAGCGACGGUAAAUCCACACGGGUGUUUCAGACGAACGUGGAAGGGAAGCGCUGCGACAGAUGCAAGGUCGGCACGUUCGGGCUCCAAGCAGACAACGUCGAUGGGUGCACGCAGUGUUUCUGCUUCGGGCGCACCACGGCCUGCACGCAGGCGGGUUUGAUCUGGAGCCAGAUCCUCGCUGGCCUGCCCCGAUCACUGAGUGUGGAGUUCACGGUCGAUUCUCCUUCGCGAUUCAGGCUGGGUGAUCACAAUAUGGCGUUCAUCCAGCUGACCACGCCGGGCUCGGGGGAGCAGCAGCUCCGCGGGAGGCAGGCCAAGCUGAACGUGACCAACGGCCUGGUCGCCGUGCCGGGCGUCUCGGGCGACGUGCGGCUGGGGUCCCGGCACCUGUUCGACAAGCCCCUGUACUGGGAGCUGCCGCGCCAGUUCCUGGGCGACAAGAUCCUGUCGUACGGAGGGUUCCUGCAGUUCACGACGGAGACGGAGGACGGACGCAGCGCAGUGCCGCCACACGUGCUGGCCCACCACCCGCUGGUGCAGCUGCAGGGCAACUGGCAGAUUGUGCUAGAGUACUUCCCCAUCCUGCCCAACCCCCUCGGCAGGCACAAGAUCAGGUUGCAUGAGUCCCUGUGGCAUCUGCGAUCCGACCGCAGGCAGAAAGUGUCCAGGGAAAUGUUUAUGUUGGCUCUGCAGAAUGUGCAGCACAUCUUCAUACGAGCAUCUGACUUCCUGGACUUCAGCAAGGUCGUGCUGCGGGAUGUGACCCUGGACACAGCGGUGUCGGCGCCCGGCCGGCCGUACCCCCUGGCCCGGGGCGUGGAGCUCUGCGACUGCCCGCCCGAGUACAACUCGACCUCGUGCCAGGACCCGAGCGUCGGCUUCUACCGCUACCACGACGUCAACUCCGUCCAGUCGACCAUCGUGAUUCAGUUGGUGGGCGAGGCGCGGCCAUGCCAGUGCAACAACAGGUCGGCCGUGUGCGACAUCGAGACGGGCCGCUGCCUGAACUGCAGCCAGAACACGGGAGGCGAGCACUGCGAGCGCUGUGGUGAAGGCUUCUACGGCAACCCCAGCCGGGGAGGGUGCCGCUCCUGCCCUUGUCCCCGCCCCGACCACAACUUCGCCGUCGGCUGCCGCGUCACCCCGCAAAGAACAAUCUGCAAGUGCAAGCAGGGCUACAGGGGGAAGUUCUGCGACAGCUGUGCGUACGGCUGGUUCGGCUUCCCGGGCCGGGAAGGGGGCUCCUGCCAGCCCUGCCGCUGCAACCAGCACGGCAGCGUGAGCGACGAGUGCGACGAGAGGACGGGCCAGUGCAACUGCCGCCCGGGCAUCACCAGUCGCGACUGCAGCGCCUGCUCGGGGAGGAGCGUGCUCACCACCUCGGGCUGCUCCUCCUGCGACGAUGGCUGCACCGGCGUGCUGCUGGACAAGCUCGACGACAUGGGCUCCCUGCUGGGGCGGAAGACGGGGCACCUCUCGGGGGGACUGGUACCCCCUCCGUGGGGCGCGCUCGCGGAGACGGAGGACAACCACACCCGCGCCGCAGACGCUCUUCGCGAGCGGGAGCAGGCCGUGGAUCGGGCGCGGGCUCUCCCCGGGAAUGCUGGCGACGAGCUCAAGAGGAAGGCGAACAAGCUGUUGCAGCGAGCAACGCAUGUGCUUGGAAAAUGCACAACAGCUUCUAAAAAUGCAUCAUCUGCUAAAACUGAAGCAGAGGAUAUUUUUAGGAAGUUACAGGUUACUCAACGAGAAAUUGAUGGUGUUUUGCAAUUGUUGGAUGGCUAUGGACAAGGCGAGGCAGGUAUUGUGAGCAUCUCAGCAGUACUUAAAGAAGCCAGACGACUACUCUCCAAAAUCAAGGCUCACAAUUUUGAACGAAAUAAACAAGCUUCAAACCGAACCCUCCAGGGUCGCAUAAAAAGCCACAGAGACAGCAGUAGUGCUUCCUACCCCAAUGAGUGGCAAGAAAAAGUAAGCAUUGAAGGCGUAAAAAUGAUGGUGAAGCUAGACACCGGCGCACAGGUAAUGAGGUCACGCCUGGCGCGAGAGAGGCCGAGCCUCCCUCGGACGCCAUGCCAGUUCGGCAGUUCAGCGCAGCUCACGGACCGGGGCGGACCUACGUCCCACGGAGAGGCAACAUCCUUUGUCUACAUCGAAAGUAACGUCCGGAAAAUCGAGAACCAACUUCAGCAUAUCCAGGAGUUGUUGAAGACCCUACCAAACUUGACUCCUGUCAAAGGAAGACAGUCUGAUUUCGAGAACAAGCUCUCAGACCUUGAUAACAUACUGAGAGAUAUUGGUGGAAAAAUCAGUGAAAGCCAAGCUGUGUCAUCAAGCAACAGGGGUAAGCUUGACCAGGUGAAGUCAUACAGUGAUGAAAUCAUGAGUUUGGACGAAGAAGUCAACAGACUGUUGAACAAAGGACAGUCGUUCACGAGUGAUGGGGUUGAGCUACUUGAAGACACCAGCAAGUACUUGAAUGAUUCAAAAGAAGCACUAUCCGAGCUGCGUAACUUAACACGGUUAGUAGAAGUACGCGAAGGCAUUCUGUACCGUCUGAGUCAUCUGUACAGAGAGAAGUACGUGAUCCCAGUCCAGCAGCACGCCAACAUGCUAGUUGAAAGAGCCCUCAACUACACCGCGCUUUUCGGCCCGACACGUCACAACGCCACGUUCGCGCUCCGUGCCAGCAAGGCAUACCAGGACAUCGUUGACGCGCUAGCGAGCGCCCGCAAAGCAGCGAUCAACGCCAGGAGUGCAGGGGAGUCGGCAUACAAAACCGCUCAUCCGGACAACGAAGAUAACAUCCUCGACAAGUCGCUGAUAUCCGUGGCCAAUUCGGAUCGCUUGGUGGUACGUGCGAAGCAGAAGAAGGAUGAAACGGAAGUGCUGCUUGAUGAAUACAACAAGCAGCAGAAAAUUGUCAAGAAAAUCGAAGAGACCGUGAAAACCGCUGCUGAAAAUGACAAUUUCAUCAACAGAGAACUGUCUAAACUGGAAAACGAAGGAAAUGCAUCUCAGCAGACUGUGAAGGAAGCCUUGCUCAAACUGAGUGGUAUUUCUGCCACUAGUUCUGACACUCAUCAGCAGGCGACAAAUAUAAUUGACAAUGUGAGGAACAAAUUACGGCCUCGGUUGAACAGCUUAGACAUACAGCUCCAGCUUGACUUUGUGGAGAACAACAUCACGCAAGGCCUGAACAAUGUGCGUUUCUCUGAUGAGCUACUUACCCGGCUGGCAACUGAGGCUGAAGAAAAGAAACGAAGAUACGAAAAGCUGAAUGCCUCCAUAGCUGACAAACUGCAAGAACUACGGAACAAGAUCAUGAAGGCGCGGCACACUGCUAGUGGGAUCCACGUAUCGCUGAAGAGUCGUGAAGACGGCGAGGGAAGAGGGUGUGUUCGCUCGUACCACGCCACAAACCUGCAGCCCAGCACAACCACCUCCAUAGUUCUCAACUACGCCAUCGAGAGCAAGCAGCGGGAUGGACUGCUGAUGUACCUGCCCAGCAGCACCACAAACGACUUUGUGGCUAUAGAGAUGGUGGACCGGCACGUGAGAUUUGUGUGGGAUGUUGGCCAUGGCUCGGGCAGUGUCCAGCAUCCACUAGAGAUAAUGACCGGAGGUCUAAAAGAAGAUAAGUUUUGGUAUCGCAUUGAAGUACACAGGACGAGCAACGUUGCAAAGCUGGUGGUUCGACCGCAGAUCUCGCCGGAGAACGCCAGCCAGGCGGAUGGUGCAUCCGCGCCAGGCUACGGCCAGUUCGACGUCGGGCCGGACGACAAGGUGUGGGUGGGGGGCAUACCCUCCUCGGUGCGCCGCCCCCCGGACCUGAAGACUGCCAGCGUGGGCGGCUUGCCCGGCUGCCUGUACGAGCUCACUCUCGACGGCAGACCCGUCGGCCUGUGGAACUUUGCUGACGAGAUCUACAGUGGCGGCUGUGUGGGGUGCAUUCAAGGAGCUGAAGAACUUAAAGAUGAGUCCACUUAUUACUUUACUGGUGAUGGGUAUUCAUCAUUCCGUCGUACUACUUCAAGUCCAUACAAGAAAUUCUUUUUUACAGUCUCUUUCAGGUUCCGUACGUUGGAUGAAAACGCAAUGUUGUUUUUGGCCAUUGACCCUGGAAAGGUUGGCUUCAUUUCACUGUCUCUGAUAGACGGCCAGAUAGUGUUCUUCAUUUCCUACGACGGCAGCCCGCCUUUCAGGAUACGUACCGCUGAGAGGCACAACCACGGCAACUGGACGCUCGUGGAGGCAAGCAGAUAUUUCCACAGAAAAAAGAACCUUGAGGAGUGUGUUCUGAAAGUAGAAGGGGAGAACCAGACGGGUGCCCCGAGCGAGCGGCCGUCCUUGUCCGCCAUCCCAGAUCUGUCGAGUGCGUCGUACUUCGUGGGCGGCGUCCCGCCGGGGUUCUCGCCGGGCCCCAACAGCAUCGAGGUGCUGGACUCGUUCAUGGGCUGCAUGGCGGACAUUCAGGUGGAGCAGGAGGGCUACAACCCCCUGCACGGCCAGUUCUACGGCGUGGAGGCCACGUGCCGCUUCGAGCCCGAGGUGGCCGGCUUCCUCGGCGACGGCUUCUUCCAGCUGGCGUCCCACUCCCUGGAGAAGAAGGCGGCCUUCGGGCUGAGCUUCCGGACUCUGCAGCCCGAUGCGCUGAUCCUCCUGAGCACGUUCCAGGGCACGGGCAAGGCGUCCCCGGGCCCGGAGACCCGGGGGUACUACUCCGUGUCGCUGGUGGGCGGCUUCCUGGAGGUGCGGGCCGACGCCGGGAAGGGAAAGGCACGGCUGGUCUCCAAGAGCAAGUACAACAACGGCCACUACCACGCGCUGGGGGUGGUGAAGAACGGGCGCAGGCUGAAACUUCGCGUGGACGACCUGCUGGAGAACUCCAAGGCCUUGCCUGAAGGAGCGACCGUCGUGAGAGCCCCGGGAAGCAUCGGAGGUCUGUACCUCGGGGGUGUCCCACACAACUUCAGUGCGGGCAGCAUGGCUUCCUCGACGACGCCGCUGUUCGGGACGAUUAAAGACGUCAUCUUUAACGAACAAGUUAUUCAGUUCAACAAACCCAUAACAUUCAGGCACGUGUCUAUUGGCCGGCAAGGAACUCUUCCAAAGCAGAUGGUGAGCCGCUCGACCAACCACGUGCAGCAAGAGCUCGAAAUGGAGCGGAAGAGGUGUCAGGACGUGCCGAGUUAUUCGUUGGAGCCGGGAGCCGUCAAGUUUGGCGAUUCCGCUAACAGUCACGUGCAGAUAAGGCGCAGGACUGCUGUUCAUGAAGACUUCAUUUUCGAAAUGGAUUUCAGGACGUUUUAUCCAAAUGGACUUUUAUUUAUUAUUCCUAGCAGCAGGGGCCGGCAGAGGCACUACCUGAUGGCGGCGCUCAAGGACCAGCGGCUGCAGGUGGUGGUCAGGUGGCGCCGGAAGCUCCAGGUGGCCGCGGCGUCCGGCCUCAACGACGGCGCGUGGCACCACGUGGCCGUGCGCAAGGCCGGCCGCCGGCUGCUCGUCGAGGUGGACGCCCUUCCCCCGCAGGCCGCCCGCGCCAAGUUCCCCAAGAAGAUGAACCUGGGUAGCACCAUGUACGUCGGGGGACUGCCGCAGAACAACCUCCCUCUGCCCGAGAUGCUGGUUCAGAAGCACGAAGGGUUCAAAGGCUGCAUACGGAACCUGGCCAUCAACAAGCAGAGCCAGGACCUGGUGGGCGAGAAGACUCUACACAGCAAAGUGGGGCAGUGCUUCCCGCAGGUGGAGCGGGGCUCCUACUUCCCCGGGGACGCCUACGCCAUUUACAAGAACAAGUUCCUCGUGGGCGCUCAGCUGGAGCUGCAGCUGGAGUUCCGCACCACCGAGCUGAGCGGAGUCCUGCUGAGCGUGAGCGAGCCCCGCGGCUACCCGGCUCUCUCGCUCGAGAUCAACAGCGGGAAGAUCCUCAUGGUGGUAGACAUCGGUGACAGGCGGCCACUACGAGUGGUGCAAGGGUUCCCCUCACCCUUCGCCUUGUGCGACAACAGGUGGCAUUCCAUCAAAGCUUACUUCGUGAACGACGAACUGACCUUAAAGGUGGACAGCCAGAACUCAACAUACGGUCACUCUGGCAAUGGACUGCUAAGUGAAGCAGAAACUAAUAGCCCUCUAUACAUUGGUGGAUUGCCAGAAAACGCCCCAUCCGGGACCCUGGAAACUCGCGACAACUUCAAGGGCUGCAUCCGCAACGUGGUGAUUGGCGCGGCCCGCAAGGACUGGACGGACAUGGCUGGCCUGCACAACAUCCUCCUCAGCUCGUGCCCCAUCAGUCCGUGACGGGGCCCCGUGACGCCUCGCGGAACAGUGCUUCUGCCGGGAACGCCAUCAGCACAUUCUACGAAACAGUAUUCUUGCCAGCAUCUAGUUCAAACUGUGUCUCUGUUGUCCCUGCAGAUGCUACUUGUAUAUACGUGUCGUUUCCCUAUCUGCAAGACCAAUCCACAAACACAGUAUUACUUUUAAGAGUGCAAAAAAAAAAAGGCACACUACAAUUUCUUCCAAUUUCUUUUCAAAUUACACAUUUUUCAAAUUUACUCAAAACAUAGCCCUAAUUGUCUUUUUUUUUAAUUGCGAUGAUAAUUAACAAAAUAAAGGGACAGUAAAUAAAUUAUAUUUUGUGAAAAAAAGUAACCUUGUUAAAUUUAACAUUUUUUUUUAGAAGGGAAACCACAAAAGUUAAACACAAUUAAUGUUGAGAAAUGCCCAAAAAAUUAUUUUAAAGAAAUAUUUCUGUAAGUGGAGCAUCUGAUGUUAUCAGCAGUUUCGUGAUAUUCCAGGCCAAUAUACUGAACCAAAAUAACAAUGUUCCAUUGCAAAGUAAGCUCUUACACAAGUUAGAAUUUUCUUUUCCAUAAUUUAAUAAUAAAAAAAUUUAAGAUGUGUGCAUCAUCAUUAAUUUUCCUAAUAUAAAAUUGUCACAUACUUUUUAUAUGCCUGAAGGUUAUGCAGCACUAAAGCAGCCGAAUUAUAUUUUUCUGUUUAAGUAAGGAAUACUUGGUCUGCUUAGUCUCCUUUGCUAUGAAAAAGUCCAGUGGUGUUCACUGUAGUUUUAAACAUAUUUUUGUAGCACUAGUUUGAAAAAAAAAUUUAAACCUUUACUGUCUAUAGUUUGGAAAAGUCAAGAUAUACCUUCCACACUAACUGUGUACUUAAAACUUGAAAAACAUUUUUUGCACUAAAAUCAUUAAUUACUUUACCUAAUUGGAAGAUCACUUUAAACCAUCGCUGAAGCAUUUUAAAUAAAAAAAAUUACAUAUGUACAAAUUAUAUCAUCUAAGUACUAACAUUAAAUUAUAUUUUAAAAAAAGUUGGUGGCCUAUACUUGAAACAUUUAUGUUAACUUUAAUUAUUUCUCGUUCAAUUUAAAAACAUAUCUGGCAAGUAUUUUGUAAUAAAUUUUCACUUUACUACAGGUGCAGGAUGUUAUUACAAAGUUCACAAACUUGUCAGGUUGUUUCAUGUUGUUGCAAAACAAUCCCUGAACAUAGUUUGUCUAAAUGAUUACUGCCUCAAGAGCAUAUACACUGCCAGUAACAAAAAUAAAAUUGUCUGCAUUUUACUAAUGCAGUGUAGUCAGAUUUUAUUUAUUUUUAUAAUGUAACUAAAAAAAAGUUAAUUUAUUUUACCAUUGUAUUUAAAGUUGUAAUAUAAAAAAAAUUGAAAAUCAAGAUGAAUAAAAAACAUUUUCUUAAAA